CCCCAAAAUUCCCACUCCCACCUCAAAAGCAGAGCUGAAAGCCCUCCCCAUCUUUCUUUGGUAAAAUGAGGCAGGCUGGGCUUUUGAUCAUCAAAGUUUUCCUCUUUAGGAGGAGGAGCUGUCUAGUCAUGGGUUCAUUGAUUCCUUGCCCAGCAGGAAUGUUUGCUUGGGCACAGCCAAGCCACACCUCUGCCGACUGUAACAGGCAGUGCUCUCUCUUUUGAUAUACUAUCAGCUAGGUUUAUCAGAGCAUCAACACAACUGCCUCACUCCAGGACUCGUCCCUUCUGGCCAGCUCUCCUUGCAGAGCAGGCGGGGACUGUGUAGGAGCUGAGUUCACCUCUUAUUUCAAGGAAUCUUAACCGCAGGUUUUAAGCUACUUAUUUACUUUUUUGGCCUGUGCAGGAAGUCUGAGCUAAAAAAAAAAAGACAGAAGUAUAAUUACUCUGGCACGCCUGCAUUCCUGCUCCAGGCUCAGGCGGGGAGGGACUCUUUCUUGUCGGAGCCAGGAAGAGGAUCUGAUCCCUGGAGAUCAUCGCCACAAACGUGUGUAACUGAAACCUGCAACCAUGCUGAAACAGAUAUUAUCAGACAUGUACAUCGAUCCUGACCUGCUGGCAGAACUCAACGAGGAGCAGAAGCAGAUCCUCUUCUUCAAGAUGAGGCAGGAACAGAUCAGACGGUGGGAGGAAAGAGAAGCUGCUCUGGACAAGGCUUCAGCAAAGAAGCCACUGCCGAGAAAAGCCAACGGGAAGUCAGUGACAUGGAAGCUCGGCGCUGACAACGACGUCUGGGUCUGGGUGAUGGGCGAGCAUCCUUCAGAUAAAUCAUAUGCGGCCAUCUGUGAAGAGAUCCAGGCACAAAGGGCAAAGCAGUUAGUGAGAGAGCAAGGCAAGGAGGACAGAGGGACUGACUCUUCUGUAACACGGUCUGUACAUCCACAACCAGGAGUCCUAGGUGAGACAGAUCUUCAUGGGAAUACAAAAUGUACUGUGGAGGAAAAGAAGGAAGGUGGGAGAAAAACUGCUGCUGCUACAACAGGGAAAAGCCAGGAGCUCACAAAGAGGGAAACCAGAGAUGUUCACCAGAUGCUGGCAGACUGCCACAUGAGGAAGCACGGCUUCCAACAGAUGAAGGAAGCAGAGAAGAGAAAUUCAGGAGAAGAGACCACAGCCCCCCAGAAGGCAGUACCACAAAGCCACCCCAGCUCAGAGAGCCAGAGGACACUGCAGAAAUCGGAUGAGAAUGAGCCUGAAUGGCAGGAAUCCUUGCGGAAAUCCAAGGCAGCAGAUGAGAAGAGACGCUCCCUUGCACGGCAAGCCAGGGAUGACUACAGGAGGCUUUCACUGCAGGGCAUCCACAGAGGGAAGCAGGCAGAUAUUUCCAAGGGUGCUACAGCAAGGGAUCGGCGACCACUCCAAUAUCCACCUCUCCCCCCCAAGCCUAAACUUCUACAUCCUGUGAUGGCAAAUGGGAGAGCAAUUAGGAAAGAGGGAAUCCAGAGGACAAUCUCCAAUUCCAGCGAAGAAAGCAUCAUCAAGUGGUUCAAAGAAGAGCAAUUCCCUCUCCGAGCUGGCUAUCAGAAAGCCACAGACACCAUAGCACCUUGGUUCCACGGUAUCCUAACCUCUAAGAAAGCAGAAGAGCUUCUGAAUAAAACAGCACCGGGGAGUUUUCUGAUCCGGCUCAGUGAGAAAAUCAAAGGCUAUGUGCUCUCCUAUCGGUCUGUGGAAGGAUGUAAACACUUCCUCAUUGAUGCCUCCAGUGAUUCCUACAGCUUCCUUGGAGUGGACCAGCUACAACAUUCAACACUGGCUGACCUUGUAGACUACCACAAGGAUGAACCCAUCACUUCCUUGGGGAAGGAGCUGUUGCUUUACCCAUGUGGCCAAGAGGACCAGGAACCAGAUUACAUCUCUCUCUUUGAGUGAACCUCCUGGCCUUGCUCUGCAGCCCCAUGCUUGUGUUCACAAAGACUAGACUACAAACCAGAGCUACUGAUGCUUACCUGAAACAUUUGCCACAAGUGUCUCUAUUUUAUAUCCUUCACAACGAAGCAGUGGGAGGAUAAGUACUGUUGUGGGCUUAUCAGCUGAGUUAAAGGAUGCAUCAGCCCAGCAAGCUGCAAGCACCUGGAUGUUUCCCAUGCAAUGGAGUGAAUGAGGUGAUGAAGUAAUCAGUUGAACAGGGAGAUAUUGCCAUGUAUUUUCAGUGGGGUUUUUUGCAGAUUUCCUGGGGGACUUCUGUGUUUGAGCUGCCUUUUGUUGUUGAAUGCAAGGUUGUGUGCCAUCUGGGAAACAGAUUAGUAUCUACAGUUGAAUGAGAUCAUACCUUCCAGAAAGCACAAAAUAACUUGGAGAGAUGAAUCGAUCUUGAUAUAGUAAUUUGCAUAAUAUGAAGCUUAAUCCUGUAAAAUGCUGUGCCCUCAGAAUUAAGGAUGUCCAAGCCAAACAUCCAAGCAAACCCUCAGUGCCUUUCAGUGAAAGGUGUUCUCUGUGAAGAGAGAUUUUUCAUGAAAAGACCUUUUUUUUAAACUCCUUUAGCCUCUGAAUAUAGUAACUCACUCUUUUCACCUGUAUUUAAAUCCCACGCUGACCUUUCUGCACAGAGAUGGAUUAACCUUUUGAAAGGGAAAGGAAAAGGGAUACAAGAAUUUGUAUGAAAGACUACCACAUGCACAGAGCCUAAACAAAUGUAAGAAGCAACACCUAUAUCAGUAUUAGUACAGUUUACAGAAGUGUGUUUGCCAGUAAAGAAUGCUGUUUUCCAAAAUGGAGCUAUUUAUUGAAAGUUUUGUCCAGAUUACUGAGAUGCAUCUGGUGUAAACUUUAACAUAGAACUUGUUCUUUCAACGUAAUGUUCUCUCUUUGUAUCUGUUACACUGCUCUCUAAAUACAUAAUUCAGAAUAUUGGAGGAGAGGUGGGACAGAAUCACAUAACAAAUUAAUCCUCACCCAGAUUCACCUCAUGUUGUUGCACGUGACAAACUGUACAGCUGAGGGUUGUGGUGCGAAUCUGCUAACAUCAUUUUUUUAGAGAUGCGAUCCUCAAAUAGUGAACAAGAGUUGAUCUUGUUUCAGUUGUUUACCUGCUCCCUUCUUUCUGUUGGACCAGGGCUACUCUGCUUAACUUGAGGAAGCAGUCAAAAACUUCAGCCUCCUAUUGAUCUGCAUUUUGCAGAAUACAGAUUAAAAGAAAUUGUUGUAAUCAUCUGGUCUUAAAAUUUACAGCUAUGCUGAUAGGUAGUUUCCAUACAAGGAAAGAUGGGUUAACUGCACUCCAGUUACAGCAGGUUUAACUUGCUAGAGAUAAAACCUUACUGUAAAGUGACAUUCUGAAAGUAACAACACUCUGGCAGGGCAAAUGACCUAAGGAGCUUCUUGAGCACUGUAUCACAUGUGUCAAAGAGAUAUUUUCAACAUAAUGUGCGUCAAUCAUGAGAGGGGGUGCUAGAUUAUUUGUAGGGGAAAAAAAAUCCCUCCUUCCCUCUUCAUGAACUGUUUCUUGUGAAAAAUAUGGCCAAAAUGAAAGGUCAUUCAGAGAUCCUCGAGAAAAGUUAACAUCUGUUCUCAUGUGAAGAGCAUGCCAAAGCUGUUUUCCUGCUGGAGACAGAUCACAAAGUGUUUUGUAUACCUAUGGGCUGGUAAAGAGAGGAGACAAAGUCCCCUUUAAAAAGGCAGUUUGAGAGGCAGGGUGUUAACUUGCAGAAAUAAGGUGCAGGUUGAUCUGUCAUGGACACAGCAGGACUGCAGGACGUUAUCAAUUUUAGCUCCAAAUCUAGAGUGGAACUCCUCAGGGUUUGACCUGCUGACCAGGGGAUGGGUAGCUUCACAUACCUUUAUAGUAUACGUACUUAUUUGCAAAUGUUGGCUCACUAGAGCCCAGGGAAAGCCACUAUCAGUGUUCACACCUACCUCACGUGUUUGAAAAUCAUGACUCAUUUUUUUAAAGACACCCAGCUUCACUUUGCUGUGAGGGAAGAAACCUGAAGUUUUAUACCUACAUAUUUAGACUACUGCACUGACUGCAAAGGAAUAGAUGCCCUUGCCAGAUCA